AGUGUGCUCACUGUCGUGAAAGCACAUCGAAGGAGAAAGAAGCGAGCAGGACGCUAAUAAGUCAGUCUUUUUAUUUGUUCUCCAGUUUGAAAUAUUUACGUCGUAUAAAAUAUAUAUUUGAUUCUUUCUUUAAAGAUAUAUGCGUCUCGAUGCGCUAGAAGCACUGUGCUGCUUGUCGUGCUAUCUUUGCUUGUUAGUUAGCUUAGCUCGCUAGUUAGCUUAACUUGUUAGCUGCUAACAGAAGACGCAGAAGUUAUCAACACAUCGCUAAGUAGAGAUCAAGUGUGAGAGUAAAGUCUUGUGAUUGUGUGAAAAUGUCUACAUUACAAAUGUUGAGAGCGUUGGUGGAUCAGCGACUAACUGCUGCCGUUGAAGAAAUAUUUGUAGUGUUAGAAAGAACGAUAGCAGAAUACGAGGCGGAACUUUCUAGAACAAAGGAGGAAAACUAUCGACUACUGGACGCUCUUUUCACGAAACAUCAAGUUGUGUUACACAGAACAGACCUCGAUGAAGAACAUCUUCCUCAUCAGCAGGAAGAAGAGCCACAGCCCCACCAUAUUAAAGAGGAAGAAGAGUUACCACAUUCCCAUCACAUUAAAGAGGGAGGGGAAGAGCCACAGCCCUCCCAUAUUAAAGAGGAGCACAAGACACCACAGACCCAUAAUGUUAACCUGAUCUUUCACAUGAAAGGUCAAGCGGCGGACCCACUGAUCUUACACAUCAAAAAUGAAGAGGAGGACCCACUGACCCCUCACUUUAAGGAGCAAGACAAGCUGCUGACCCCUAGCAUUACAGAGGACAAGGAGGACCCACUAACCCCCUACUUUAAAGAGGAAGAGGAUGACCAAGAGCCGCCGCACUUUACAGAGGAAGAGGAGGAAGACAGCAUCAGUCAGCCUAAAUGGUUGGAGGAGUUCCCAGUGACUGUGAAGAGUGAAGAUGAUGAGGUCAAAGGUGAAAGUGAGGCGAGGGGAGGGGGGGAGCCUCCAAGCAGCAGCUCAACACAACACAUGACAACAGAAGCUGAUGGAGACCACUGUGGAGGAUCACAAGCAGACAAGCUCUUAGCUCCACUAUCAGAUAGUGAGGACACAACCUCACACUCUCCUGACACUGAUGAUGAAGACUCUAAAGAUAAGACAUGUCACACUGACAACACUCACUUCACAUGUUCUCACUGUGACAAAACCUUUAAAUUCUAUAGUCUUCUGAAAAGACACAUGAGAAGACACACUGGAGAAAGACCCUUUUCUUGCUCAGAAUGUGGUAAAUGUUUAGUAACAAGUCAACAUUUGACAUUACACAUGAGAACACACACCGGAGAAAAACCUUUUAUCUGUUCACUCUGUGGUAAAGGUUUUGUACAAAGUCACAAUUUGAAAAUACACAUGAGAACACACACUGGUGAAAAACCUGUUAUGUGUUCAAUAUGUGGUAAAGGUUUUACACAAAGUCAACAUUUGAAAGUACACAUGAGAACACACACGGGUGAAAAACCUUUUAUCUGUUCACUCUGUGGCUCAUCUUUUACAAGAAAGGCAUAUUUGAAAGUACACAUGAGAACACACACUGGAGAAAAACCUUUUUCCUGUUCAAUCUGCGGUAAAUGUUUUACACAAAGUCGAUAUUUGAAAGUACACACGAGAACACACACUGGUGAAAAAUGACAUUCCUGUUCAAUCUGCAACAGAAGCUUUUGUGACCAAUCAAACCUUGUAGCACACAUGAGAAGACACCCAGGAGAGAAAGUGUUGAGUUGCAGUGUGUGUGGUGAAAGAUUGUCUUCUAAGUAGCAGUGUAAGAAACACAAGUGUGCUGGUGAGAACAGCAGCAGCAAAUGAAACUGCAGGAUUUGAAAUAAACUGUCAAGACUUUAAUGUUGACUUUCUAACAACAUCAGCACAUAUAACAUGUGUGACAUUGUUGUUUGUGUAACAAUCUUUUUAAUAUGCUUCUACAUUUAUAAAUUAGAUAGUUUGAAAUAUGGAGGUGUUACAUACUUGUAUUUCUAAUUGUUAAUAAUCCCAUAGAUUAGUUUCUAUUUAUGAUAUACAUAUUUACUGCUUUACAUCUGAAACAUCUUCUGGACCACUUUAGGGAAUAUAUUAUUAUUUACUUUAUACAUCAUUUGAACAGUUGUCUUUUAUUAACUUUUAAAAUGUUUGACUUUAUGAAUCAUUUGUUGGGUUUCUAUAAACUAUUUUAUUAAUUAUCUUCAUUACUCUCUUUUGUAAUAUGAUGAUUGUGUUGUGAUUAUUUUGUUUGUAUGUCCCCAGACCUUUAUGCAAUAUAACAGUGAGAGAAAAUGGCUGAAUUGUUUGUGGAAGGACGUUUAUUUUUUUAUUUUAUUUUAAUUUAUUUUUUUACGAACUUACAUUCGUUGAUAAAACAAAACAUUCCAUUA